GACGCUAAUAAAACUUCGACGUAUUUGAGACACGUGAUUGCAGAUAUACAAACUCGCUGGAACUCCAGCUAUUUAGCAUGGUGUCGACUCUUAGAGUUAGAAAAAUACAUUCGUGUGUUGGAAGUUGAAUUAGCCAAAGAUACAAAUCCUGAUUCUAAAAAAGAUUCCCAGCAAUCUACAGUAUAUAAGCCCAUGCAAACAUCUGGAGUUUUGGAGAAGGUCAAGGGAACACUAUACCGAGCGAUGCAUUAUUAUUGGAAAAAAGAUAAUAACGAAUCAUAUAUACCCUCCAUCCUCGACCCUCGUGUUAAAAAGUUUGAUUUUGCGCCUGACAAAAUCAAACAGGUUCAAGAGUUAUUAAGAAUCAGAUAUCAUGAUGCAAAAGAUAAUCUACCAACAACAGUAAACCGAACAUCUACUGCUAACGCUUCGUCAUUUCAUAACACUACUGUUUCUCCUAUGAACAACGGCUAUUUACAAUACACCUCGCCACCAGAUUGGAAUUUAGACGCCUUUGCAGAUUGGGUUGCUACCAAUCAUUCUGAUGACAAAAAGAAAAUAAUAGACUACAUGAAAAAAAGUCUUGAGAUAUACAGCAACAACAUUCACAUUAACCCAGACGCAAGGCAAAAAGCAGAUGAAUUACUUUAA